UCUCUUGUUUCUCCGAUGCUGUGGCCAGCAGGGGCAGUGGCGAGUAUUAAAGAGGGUCCAGUGUCUGAAUACGGCAUCACCUUCCAGACUCAGAUCGUUGACAGGUUUGGUGUGUCGUUUGGACGAGAGGGUGAGACCAUGAGCCUGGGCUGCACUGUCAUCAUCUACCCCGCCCUGCAUCGCUACCAGCCUGAGGUGCAGUGGUACAAAGACGGUCAGUACACGUUCAACCACAGUUCCUAACCCAGAGUCUGUCGUAACGUGUCCUUCUUGCUGU